AUGAAGUCGCCUUCUAAACAUUCUCGACAGGCUCCUCGAGAGCGCUGUCAUUACCUACCUGGAGUCCACACUUAUAAUCCUCCUAGCCGCAAUCGGCACCUUUCUGGAGUCCAUCGUCAGGACCAUCUCGGUGUCCGAAAUCGGAACAUUUCCGGAGUCCGCACGGGGAACCUUUCUGGAGCCCGCAAUCGGAACGCUCCUGAAGUCAACUAUCAAAACGUUCCUGAAGUCAAUUAUCAGAACGUUCCCAGAGUCCAAAAUCAGAAUGUUUCUGAUAUCUACAAUCAAAACGUCUCUGAAGUCCGUAUUCAUAACGACCCUGGGAUCCACAAUCAAAGCUUGCCUGGAGUCCACGAUCAGAACGUUCCUGGAGACAAUUGGGACUCCCCCGGACGCUUUUGGGACCUUCUUGGAGCUCACAAUCAGAGUAUUCGUCCAACCCAUAACAACGUUCCUAGCGUCUACAAGCGGAGUUCGUCCCAAGAUAAAAAUAAUAACGUUUUUAAAGAGCCCGAUCGAAACCUUACUGGAGAGAGACAACGUCCUAUCAACCAUGAUCAAUCACGAAGAAAUCCUCGUAAACAACAGAAAAGGACUACGUCUCCUGGUUCGUCUGACAUAGAAGACACGGAUGGUUUAGACUCGGAAUCCCCUUCCAGAUACUCUAGUUCAAGAACGAAAAGGUAAGC